AUGACUGCGAUAAGCACGCUACUUACGCUACCAUCCUCCUCGCGCGCUUUCAGUGCUGUUGCUCCGACCGUGCGCGAUGAGUCUACGAACUCCCCGACAAUGUCUCGCGGGCCCACUGGGCGAUCCUCCUCCUCGGGGCUCGUGAAGCUCGAGAUAUCUGGGCUUCAUCCGCCACGCCCACCCAUAAGCAAUACAGAAUUGCUUCGACAGGCCAGGCAGUCAAUCACCGUUCUAUUCGCAUACGACACUACGCCUCCCGCGCCACUCACGCGAGAACGACUUUACGCUGCUACUCGGGCUCUCGUCACAUCUGGCGAUGGCAACUUGCUUAGCGACCACCUUACGGUGACUCUCGAAAAGGCGUCUUCGCAGAUGCGGGAAAGACUUGCAAAUAGCGCAUCCGGCACAGACUUUUUUGGCAUCCUGGCUACAGAGCUAGACAGUAUCGAAUGCCGUAUAAACGAUGCGUCUGGCUCGUUGGCGUAUCUUGACCGCCUUUACAUCGCAGAGAAGACUCAGGGAGCCAGUAUCAAGAAGAUCGCACAUUCUACAUUGAAGCGAUUCGUUCUCGAGAGGCCGGAGGUCGCUCAACAGCUGGAGACUGCCCUUGCGAAGUGGUUGGAGGCAGAGCAUACGAGCGGCGUCGUUCAAGCCAUUCGUCCAUCGGUGUCAGCAGUUAUUCGCCAUCUUCAAGUUCAUGGUCUCUACGACCUAUUUGAAAAGUUCUAUGUACAGCGCACACGCGAGUUCCACGGAACAUUGUUUGCGCAAUACCCGGACAUGAUGGAGUUCCUUGGGGCUUGCAUCGAUCGCAGCGAUAAAGAGAUUGAGCGUGCGCAUGCUGUCCUCCCAGAACGCAGUUGGAAGGUGGCACAGCUGGCAGCUGAGGGUGGGUUGCUGGAUGGCCAUGUGAAGGAACUUGCAGAGGGCGUUGUUGGAAAGCUUCUAGAUGCAAAGGAUCUAGCGAAACUAGGUGCUCUGCGGGCACUUUGUGUUCGGGUAGAUGCAGAGCCCCCAUUAGUCAACGCGUUCAGGGAUGCUGCCGAAGCGCGUGUGAAGACAAUCGUCAAGGACAUCGCCAAAGCCGAAGAGAUGGUCGACCGCCUACUGCCUCUCAAAGAGACCUGCGACCUCAUCAUCAAAGAAUCGUUCGGCGGUCGCGAGAACCGCGAGUACGGCCACGCCCUUUCAGAUGCGUUUGCCAGUGGAUAUCUCGCGCGGCGUCGCGCACCCGCAGAGAUGCUGGCGAAGUACGUCGAUCGCCUCAUGCGUAAGGGUCAAGCGGGUGCCAGCGACGCCGAAUUUGCGGAGAAGCUGGACAGAGUUCUGGUGCUGUACCGAUAUACGGACGACAAAGACGUGUUCCGAGCGUUCUAUCAGCGUGCGCUGGCGCGACGUUUGCUUUUGGGUCGCAGUGCUAGCGACGACUUUGAGAAAAGGGUUAUUCAGAAGCUGAAGGCCGAGUACGACCCCGAGUUUGCAUCUGGGGACCAGAUGUUCAAGGAUCUUGGCCUAUCGCGCGAUCUGAUGGCAGAGUAUCAUGGACAGCUCGAGAGGCGCGAUCCAGACGCGACGCGACGGCUCACGGCGAUGAUUCUCCAGCAGAGUGUGUGGCCAUUCACGAGCAGGUCUGGAACGGAGCUUGUAUUGCAGCCGGACCUUCACGAAGAGCUCGCUCGUUUUGAGCGUUUCUACGGCGAGAAGCACAAGAGCCGGCGGCUGGAGUGGAACCACUCGCUUGGAAGCGCGGAGUUGACCGCGCGUUUCGACGCUGGUGUCAAGACGUUGACAGUCAGCCUGUAUCAGGCCUCCGUACUUCUGCUCUUUGCAGACUCCGGGCCGAGCAAACGAUUGGGUUAUGCAGAGAUUGCCGCGGCGUUGCGCAUUACGGACGAUGAUAUGCGCCGGACGUUACAAAGUCUCGCAUGCGGAAAGAAACGCGUGCUAAAGAAGCAUCCCGAGGGCCGCGACGUAAACGAUGGAGACUUCUUCACCGUAAACGAAUCGUUCAAGGAUCCUCAUCCUCGCGUUCACAUCAACUCUAUCCAGGCCAAGGAGACGCCCGAAGAGAGCCGUAAGACACAAGAUGCCAUCGAGGGUGACCGCAAGCACUUGCUCGAUGCGGCCAUCGUGCGAAUCAUGAAGGCCAACCAGAAGCUUAUGUACGAGGAGAUCAAGACGCAGACCAUAACGGCGGUCUCGAAGCAUUUCUUCCCAGAUGUCGCAAGUAUCAAACAGCGCGUCGACUCGCUCGUUGAGAGCGAAUAUAUGCGCCGUGACGAGGAAGACAGGAACUUGUUCUACUAUAUUGCAUAG